CUGAGCCCCCUUGGCAGGGCGGGCCAGGCCGCCAUGGGGGAGGGACAGCAGCAGGUGACGGCCGGCUAUAAAUAGGGGCAUGAGCCACUUGGGGCCUGGAGCGGGGCGGAGGCGGCUGCAGGCAGAGCCAUGGGGUCGCGCAGGGCCGUGAGCCGGGGAUGGGCCUUGGGGGGCCAUGCUGAGACUGGAGCAGGGGGUGAUGGUGAAGACGAUGGGCCUGUGUGGACCCCCGGCCCCACCAGCCGCAGCUACCUGCUCAGCGUGCGGCCCGAAACCAGCUUAUCAAGCAUCCGGUUGUCUCACCCCAGCUCUGGAAGGAGCACCUUCUGCUCCAUCAUCGCGCAGCUGACCGAGGAGACCCAGCCGCUCUUCGAGACCACGCUCAAGUCGCGGGCUGUGUCCGCGGACAGCGACGUCCGCUUCACCUGCAUCGUCACAGGAUACCCCGAGCCCGAGGUGACAUGGUAUAAGGAUGACAUGGAGCUGGACCGUUACUGUGGCUUGCCAAAAUACCAGAUCACUCAUCAGGGUAACCGCCACACGCUGCAGCUGUACAGGUGUCAAGAAGACGAUGCUGCCAUCUACCAAGCCUCUGCCCGGAACACGAAGGGCAUCGUGUCCUGCUCGGGGGUCUUGGAGGUUGGCACCAUGACUGAGUACAAGAUCCACCAGCGCUGGUUCGCCAAGUUGAAGCGCAAGGCUGCGGCCAAGAUGCGGGAGAUGGGGCAGAGCUGGCGGCAGGGGCCUGAGGCUGCAGACGAGGCUGAGGCACUGCGUAAGCUCAGCCCCGACCGCUUCCAGCGGAAGCGGAGGCUCAGCGGGGCUGAGGUGCAGGUCCCCCCCACCCCUGCUCAGGAGGCUGAGGAUGGGACCCCAGCUGCUUGGCAGGAGGGGGAGAUGGAGUCCGCCCAGCACCCAGGCUUGGGCCUCAUCAACAGUUUUGCUCCUGGAGAGGCUCCCACCAAUGGGGAGCCGGCCCCAGAGAAUGGAGAAGAUGGGGAACAUGGCUUGCUGACCUACAUCUGUGAAGCCAUGGAGCUGAGACCUCAGAGAGCCCCCCAGAAGGAGACCGGGGCCAAGAAGAAAAGGAAAGAUGAGGAAUCGAAGCCCAGCCCGAGGAGGACAGAGCCAGACAAGGCAGCCCUCAGCCAGCGCCCUUCAGAGAAUGGCAGCCCAGACUCCACCAAACCUGAUCCCUGCGGGGUACCGGGGCCCAGGGCCGCGCAGCAGGCCCAGGCCCAGCCUAGAGGCAGCCCAGCCGGGGGGCCAGGGGCUAAUGGGGCAGAACACACUGGGAAGCCAGCCUCCCUGAUUGGUACUCAGGACAAAGGCCGGGACACCCCGGCCCCCAGCCCAGGCCCAGGUGCAGAGCCAGAGGUGUAUUUCUCCCUGAAGGACAUGUAUAUGGAGAGCACCCAGGCACACAGGCUGCAGGGGGUGGAGGAGUCCCCACCCCUGAGUACCAGGGCACCCGGAUUGAGUACCUCAGGGAAGGAAGCCAUCAAGGCUAGAGGCGAGGGGGCACCAACCGCGCCCAGCCACCCCACACCCUCCCCGGCGCCCCCACCACCCCGACCUUUCAACAGGAAGAGAUUUGCCCCUCCGAAGCCCAAAGGGGAGCCUUCAGGCAUUGUGCCCCCCAAUACAACUGCGGAACACGGGGCCCAGGGCUCAGGGACUGCCCCACCUCCGGCCUCCACCUCUAUCCAGGUGCCAACGCCCCCAGCCCGCCGGAGCCACGGUGCCCGGGACAGCCCCUGGCAGGGCCGCACCGGCCCCAGGACCGCAGGAGAGGUCUUGGAGUUCCAGGCUGCCGUAGCUCCUCCUGUGUCUGCCAGCAGGACGCCCCCUAUCUCUGGACAUCAGGGUGGCGUGGACCCCAUGGAUACAGAGACCCUGGAGGAGGGGAGUGUGGGCCCAACCCCCGGAGGCCAGGGAGAGGCGCGGGCCCCGGGGGGCCAGGCGGAUGGCACACCAGAGGACACCACCCAGUGCACACAGACAGACCGGGAGAUGCAGGACAGCGAGAGGCCGGGGGCACACAGGAGUCCCCACGAGGAUGCACAGACAGUGGGGAGACAGACCCCAACAGGGGUAAGGGCGCAGGAGGACCUGGGAGAUACAAAGAUGCAGACUGGCCUCAGCCCGCCAUCCAGGACCCCCAGACUCCCGCCCUCAGAGGGACUCAGCUCGCCGCUAAUGGAGUUUGUGCUGACCCCAGAAGUGAGUCACCCUGAAAAACCUAGUUUUGUGCUCAGAUCUGAGGAGCCCGUAGCCACAGCCUCCAGAAACCAUGAGCACUCCUCCAGGGGUCCCCCACCUGGGAGUCCAGGGAGCCCGGCACAGGAGGGGAGCUUGGAGCCGCCUGGAUGGCAGGAGCGGUCAGACUUAGUGGAGGACAGGCUGGAGAGCGGCCUGCCCCAGUGCCCUAAGGAGCAGCCAUGGGGAGAGGAGAGCUCGAGGCUGCCCGCCACUCCUGUGUGCCCCCCACAGGAGAGGCUCCACAGCACCCCACACGGGAGUACAGGUGCCCUCCUGCCCUCCGGGCACCAGGCCCUGCUGAGUUCUGCCCCCACACUGCACCUAGGGCCAGGGCCCCCCGCCCAGAGUUACCCACCAGGAGCCUCGGCUGCCAGUCAUGGGGGGGCCUGUGCCAGGAAGGUGGGAGAAAUGGAAGAGGAGCCCUCAGGUGCCCGGGCCUGUGACCCCGGCCUUAUAGAUUCCCUGAAGAACUACCUGCUUCUGCUGUUAAAGCUGUCCAGCACAGAGCCCAGCAGGGCAGGGGUGGAGGCAGAGGCCCCGGUGCCCAGCCCCACUCCGGUGCCCGCCGUGGCCGGGCUGAGUCCCUGCACGUCCAGGCGCAUCCUGGAGCGCGUGGAGAAUGAGCACCUGGUGCAGAGUGCGCAGACGCUGCUGCUGAGCCCUGCCACCACCCGCCGCCUCACUGGCCUCCUGGACCGCGAGGUGCAGGCUGGACGCCAGGCCCUGGCGGCUGCGCAGGGCUCUCAAGGCCCCAGCCCCAGCCCCAGCCCCCUCACCGUCCCUGCCAUUGUGGUGGAUGAAGAUGAAGUGGCCCUCAAGGGGCCCAGCCUCCCCGAGUCUUCCCAGGAGGGAGGCCUGAGCACACUGGCCACAGAGAACAGCCCCCCAGAGCCCUGCCAGGAUGAGGGGGUCCCUGGAGAGGCCCCCACAGACCUUCCUGCAGCCACACCCGAGGAGCUGGCCCUGGGGGCACGGAGGAAGAGGUUUCUCCCCAAGGCAAAGGCAGCAGCAGAUGGGGAAGCUAGCAAGCCUGAGGACAAAGCUUCAAGCCCCACCGUCUCCCCCCGGGGACACAGGAAGAGCCUGGCACCAGGGUCUCCAGGGACACCUGGCAGGGAGAGGCGCUCCCCUACCCAGGGCAGGAAGGGCAGCAUGCUGCAGGUGCCCCGGGCCGACGAGGAGCCUGCAGCGGGAGACCUGGGCCCAGACCCCAAGUCCAGCAGUCAGGACGCAGAGCCAGCGCCAGAGGAAAACAAGCCCAGGAAGGCCCAAGACCUGCUCAAAGCCCCACAGGUGAUUCGCAAGAUCCGGGUGGAACAGUUCCCAGACGCCUCGGGGAGCCUGAAGCUCUGGUGCCAGUUCUUCAACAUUGUUAGUGACUCGGUGCUGACCUGGGCCAAGGACCAGCACCCGGUGGGAGAGGUGGGCAGGAGCGCUGGGGACGAGGGGCCAGCGGCCUUGGCCAUUGUGCAGGCCUCUCCGGUGGACUGUGGCAUGUAUCGAUGUACCAUCCACAACGAGCAUGGCUCGGCCUCCACCGACUUCUGCCUCAGCCCUGAGGUGUUGUCUGGCUUCGUCUCCAGGGAAGAAGCUGAAGUUGGGGAGGAGAUUGAGAUGACACCCAUGGUGUUUGCCAAGGGUCUGGCGGACUCUGGUUGCUGGGGGGACAAGCUCUUCGGGCGGCUGGUGAGCGAGGAGCUCCGUGGAGGCCGAUACUGGUGUGGCCUCCGGAAGGCCUCCCGUGCCAGGGUCAUCUAUGGGCUGGAGCCCAUCUUCGAGUCGGGCCGCACAUGCGUCAUCAAGGUGUCCAGCCUGCUGGUGUUUGGGCCCAGUGGUGAGACGUCUCUCCUGGGCAGAAAUUAUGAUGUCACCAUCCAGGGGUGCAAGAUCCAGAACAUGAGCAGGGAGUACUGCAAAAUCUUCGCAGCGGAGGCCCGGGCGGUCCCUGGCUUCGGGGAAGUGCCUGAGAUCAUCCCACUGUAUCUGAUCUACCGGCCUGCAAACAACAUCCCUUAUGCCACCCUGGAGGAAGACCUGGGCGAACCCCUGGAGCCUUAUUGCUCCCGGGAAUGGGGCACGGGGAUCCCAGCUGCCUCCAGCAGCUCUGAGGCCGUGCAGAAGUGCCAAACCUUCCAGCACUGGCUGUACCAAUGGACGAACGGCAGCUUCCUCGUCACGGACGUGGCAGGCAUUGACUGGAAGAUGACUGAUGUGCAGAUCGCCACCAGAUUGCGAGGAUACCAAGGCCUCAAGGAGAGCUGCCUCCCCGCCCUGCUGGACCAGUUUGCCUCUUCCCACCAGUGCAACCUCUACUGCGAGAUGCUGGGGCUGAUGCCCCUCAAGGGCCCUGAGGCUGCCCACCCUCAGGCCAAGGCCAAGGGCUCCAAGAGUCCAUCUGCUGGCCGGAAGGGGCCCCAGCUGAGUCCUCAGCCCCAGAAGAAAGGUCACCCCAGUCCCCAGGGCGCCAGGAAGAGCGCACCGAGCUCCAAGGCCACCCCUCAGGUCUCAGAGGCAGCCCCCGUCCAGGUACCAGGUCACCCCCUAACCCAGGAGGGGGACCUUAAGGCCCCGGGCAUGCCGUAACCCCAACAGGAGGCUGGGGGCCUCCACCCAGCCGCAGACCAACCAGAAAGCAGCUUGAACCGGAUGGACAUUCUUAACACAGGACUGGAGAAGGGGCCCUUGUGGGACGCCUCUUGGGGUCCUCUCUUAGCCCUUCAUCCUAAGGCCUGGGGCUGGCAGGUGGCCCAUGGGCCUCUCCAAGUGCCAGCCCCACCCAGGGCUCCUGGGCCUUGUUGAAGUUUACACUCGCCACUGCCAGAGGCUCCGGAGUCCUCUGCAUGCAUCCUGCACCCCAACCUUCUCCCCUCCCCCUGCCCUGGCCUAGCCCUGCAGUACGGGUGGGGAGAGCACACCAUGGAGCUUUCACUCUGCACUUGCCCUUUCACCUUAUCCUGGCCUCCCCUGACCUCUGCUGGGGCUAGCCUGUGACUCUCAGGGUUCCUUCUUCCAGCGACCUGGCCUCUUCCAUCUCAGCCUAUCCCCAGCCCCCACAGGGCUAAGGAGCCCCCAAAGCCGACUCUGUGCCAUGGUCUUUGCCAGUGGGCUCCAGCUCUUCGUCCCAGUCACUGACACUCACUCCCUGUACCCCACGGCCUCAGCUUUGAGCCCAGCUGCCACCCGCCGCCUGCCCUUCACCAGCUCCUUGCUUGUCCUCAGUCCAAAGGCUCCAUAGCCCUGCUCACCAGUGCCCAGGUGGGGGACAGACCCUCUAGCCUCUCCUUGCACCCCAAUAUGUUCCUCCCCUAUGUCUCUACUUCCUUGUUUGCGAGGGGACACCUGGCACGAAGGAACGCGAGCACCUGCAGCCAGGCAGGGUGUGUGUGCUGACUUAGAGGGGCCUUGUGCAUUGCCCUGAAGUGAGGAUGGUGGGGGAGGAAGAGCAGAGCCCUGUGGGGCUCAGCCGCAUCCCCAUGGCUGCCUCUGCUAUGACAAGGCCCAUCCAGGAGCAGCUGACUCUUCCCCUCCCCCACCUGUCCAUGGGUCUGGCCUGGCAUGGCCUGACAUCUCCCUUCCGUUCUGACAUUUCUAACUUCUCUACCUCCUCCUGGCUCAGGCAACUCCUCAGCUUCCGCUUGCCCCUGGUUCCCUCUCUUCCCCCAACCUGUACGUCCAGGUUCCCUGGGGGCAGUGAGUGAGGGGCUGGCGUUCACUCGCUUAUUCACUCAGCAGACAUAUUCUGCGUAGCCUCUGCCCAGGCCGCUGCUAGGAGACAAGGCCCAGGCUGCUGCCUUCAGGACUUGUGGGUGUAGGGCAACAGAAAUGAACUUGGACCAACCUAAGCGGGAGAAAAGCUUCCUGGGAAAGGAUGUCAGGGCGGCUCACAAGACCGAUUGAGUGGUUGAGCCAGUAGCCUUGUGGAGGGCAGGAGCGAGGGGGCACCAGGACUUGCCUCAGGGUGCUAUGGUCAGUCUCCAGGGGUGUUCAACACUUGGGAUUCAAAUUCCAGGGAAGAGAAUCUGGCUUAGAUGGCAGGAUCUCAUAGAUUGUGAGAGAGGCAGUUUUGCAAAAGAUGAGGAUUCUUGCCAGAAGAGUGAAAGUCAAUAGGCUUUCAUGGGUAAAAGGUAGACACAUGUGCACAUGCGCGCGCGUGCGCGCACGUGCGCGCACACACACACACACACACACACACACAUUCUUCCCAUCUGAUGUAUUACAGCUCUCUGACUUCCAUCCAGAACAAGUUCUACUCUGCUUGUGGAACUUAGGUCAGUGACAGGGCUACUAUUCUCCCAAGUCCAGGAUCACUUGUGAUAGAUAAUCUCUUUUCUAGUUUUGCUAUAGUCCCACUUCGAAAUUCUGCAGCCUGUGGGGUAAACCAACCAAUGCAGCCCAGUGGGGUUGAGCCACUGUGUGGUGUUUCUGCCUCAGGGACUUUCAAACCUUAUACCAGCCUGGCUCCAGACACAGGCAGCGUGCCCAUCCAGCCCAGGAAAACUCAAGCUUCCUCCUGCAAGCCUGAGGCACCCUCCCCAGGUGGCGUUUCUGGUGUCGUAGCUGAGUUUUCACCACACCACUCAUCAUCCACCAAGCCACCGCCUGUGGCCUGUGGGAAGCCUACAAGAUGAGUGUGUGCCCUGGGCAUCCACCCAGGACUUGACUUGCUGCUAAAGUGCAUUCUCUUGUCAAUGGAAUGAGUGAGGAAAGUACCAAGAGAUCAUUGUGGGUCUUGAUGGCAGGGAAGGAAUGAUGAGUAGAGAGGCAUGAUGGGUAAAGAGAGGCAUGAUGGGUAAGGAGAGGCAUGAUGGGUAAUGAGAGGCCUAUAAAGGGCUAUAUUGGCCAGGACAGGUGGAGAUGGGAUGGUGAGAGGAGGAGGAGGGAAAGAGGAAGUGCUCUACACACAUUGCUGUGUCUUGAGAGCCUUGGUCUGGAGCAAGCACAGUGGUGGGACAGAGAGAAGGGGUUCCUAUUGGCCACAGCAUGCCAAGGCCCUAAUUCCUGGGGUCCCCUAGCACAUUUUUUCUCAUCAGGACAUGCACAAACACCCCCUUCCCACCCCCAGAGGGCCCUUCUGUGUCAUAGCCUCUGUCUGCUCCCUGAUGAGACGCUGGCUUUCCCAGGAGGAGUACCCACACUUGCCCCAGACCCAAUCCAGAGCUGGCAGCUCCCGAGGCCAGUUCAUGGGAGUAAGGUGCCCCUGAGGGGGGUACAUUGCCUGGCACCGGGCCGUGGUGGUAAGAAGUUUGACCUACAUUGUGAAGGAAAUAUGCUGAUGCCAGUAGCCCCCAAAGCUCUUUGCACAGGUGCAGGAGUUUGCGUAGAUAUCUUGCAGUUGCUGGCCUCUGACUUGUGUGCCUGACCACAGCAUGGGAAAAACUCACCCCUGAUUCGUCUAUAGACACCAGAUUAAUAGGCCUGACUCCUUUGGGGAAGACUGGACGGAGGACUCCUGGUGUGCACUUGAGAGUUAAAAUCAGGUUUUCCUUGAGUUACCGGGAUCAUGAACUCCCGGCCAGCUCAGGUCUGGAUACUGAGCGGGAUCAUGGCUUUACCUUGGCAGCUCGAGGCAGACUUGUCAGCCACCCCCAAAGUCUUUGAUCACAGGAAUUCCUAGGCACUAUCUCAGGGCUAUCUGGCUGUUUUACUUUCUGGGACCCAGCCAUUGAUAAACCACAGCUGUAGGUCUCAUUUCCAUGUGCAUGCCCAUGAUGCCUGCCCAGCCUGCUCCUUCUGCCCCUCUGUUACCCACCGCAGGGAGCUGGUUUUCACUGUAAUUCUUCCAGCCAGCAUUCGGGCCAUAACCCAUAGGGCGGCCCAUGUUCUGGGCCUGCAGGAAGACAGGGAGAGGGUGGGGGGCUGGAUGCAUGCCAGAGACCCAAUAAAGCAUUUGCGUCAC